UAGGCAUGAUUCACAAACGUAUCAGUAGCGACGUAUCGAUAAUGCACACUUUACGAUCGUACUCACGUCUUGUAGACCGUAAUAAUCACUUGUAUUUGCUCUGUGCGCACUGGACAAUGACAAACAAGGCUUUAUAUACAACUAGGUAUUUGUCUUACACGCAGUCGUGUGUUAUGGUAUCCUGACUUGACACAGUUCAUUCGUUAAAUGAUUGGAUAAUUGCUCGUCAAUGGAGUUUCCGCAAAGUUUUUAGAAGUUUUCUUGAACCUCAGUGCGAAUACAAUACAACUAAAUACGAACAGAGAUACUAUCAGAACGACUCUCAUCAUUAAAGCGUCGUUAGAUGAAUCUGAUGAGGUUACAAUGAAAACCGUCUGCAUAAUCUUGGCAUUAACAACUAUUGUAACAGCUGACUUUUAUAACCCCAAGUAUGACAGUUUUGACGUACAGCCUCUGAUUGAGAAUGACAGGAUAUUGAUCAGUUACACCAGGUGUUUCUUAGACCAGGGGCCUUGUACCCCUGAAGCGAAGGACUUUAAAAAAGUAAUACCUGAAGCUUUGGCGACCACGUGUGGGAAAUGCAGUCCAAAACAAAAACAAUUGAUAAAGAAAGUGAUUCAAGCGGUCAUUGACCGCCAUCCAGAGGCGUGGGAGCAGCUCAGCCAGAAAUAUGACAAGGAAAGAAAGUUCAAAGAGUCCUUCGAUAAAUUCUUAGCAGAGAAAGACUAAUUUAAGUAUUGCUAUUAAGGUAUCAUCAGGCGCUUUGUAUAUACUAUGCAAAAUUGGAUGUGUAAUGUCAGAUUUAUUAUAAGGAUGUAUGAUACAAAUGAUUUAAAUAAUUAUAAUAAAAUAACUCUAAUUUUAUUGAACUCAGUAAUCUUUAUAAUAUAAAUGAUACAUAAAUAAAUUCGAUAAUUAGAAUGGAUACAAAUAAUUUAUUGAAAUAAACUCCAAUUAAAGCUUUGGUAA